GUACUUAAAAUAGCAAAAAUUCAAAUAAAAAGGCUUUAUCUGUCAUAAAUUCUGAAUUCCCUCAACGUCGGGUGUCCGCGCGCUCUUGCACACACACGCAGGUACACAUAUGUGUGUGUGUGUAUAUCAGUAUAUAUAUAUAUAAUGGAAAGGGAAUGGCGAAGAAAAGAGGUGCAGAAGAGGAGGUAGCAAUAUUAAUUCUGGAAUAUUUGUUUCCCCAUAAUCUGAUUCUCAUUCUCAGGUGGGAGAAAUGCGUUUCUCUUUUUCCCUUUAGUUUUGACGUCCAAUGGAAAUUCAAAGGAAAUAAAUGCAGUUUGGUGAGAGUUUCUCUGAUAUGGUAGAUGUUGAUGCAUCAGAAAUCUCCACUGUCUACAAUAAAUGCCUUAAAACCUGCAAAUACUUGUUUCCUUUUGCUCAAAACCCCCACCCCCACUAAAUACCUUGGUCACUUUCAAACAUGUUAUAAUCCAUAUUUGUUAUACUCUCCCGGAAAUUUCAUUUUCACCUCCCUUUUUACAAUGAGGCUUCCUCUCCUUCUGCUGCUGCUUCUCAUUCUCAUCGCCACCUCCUCAGCCUCAACACCUCUGCCUGCUCACUUCAACCUUCCUCCUUGGAAUGAUCCAGAAUCUUCUACACACAGGAGGACCUCAAUUAGGCUGCACUUCUCCAGAUACUCAUCCGCCAAGAAUAUCGCCUACGACGAUGAUAAGCGCCUCGUUCCCACCGGAGCUAACCCUCUACACAACAGGUGAUGAUAUGGCCGGAAAAUGAUGAUUUUGGCCAUAUCACUGCUGUUAAUUUGAGGCCAUGGUGUAACACUUUUCUAGAUGAGGAUGUAUUUUGUAUAUGUAUGUGUAUGUAUCUAUUUGAUCAACAAGUGCCAGGCAAUUCUUUUUUUUUUUU